AUGGCAAAGAACAUAUGGAAAGCAUGCGCCCUUGCAAUCGCAUUGGUCCAGGCCACCGUCGGUGCCAACAUCGUCACCUCUCCUCCGGCUAUCCUGCCACGAGCAACCGGAACAAUACCAAAGGGAUCAGCUUGUUCUGCUGCAUCCAGUGCCUCAUCAGCAUUCGCAUCCGCAAAUCCUGACCGGGAGAAAGUAUACAUACCUGCCGAACUCGCCUACGAAUGCCUGAAAUCCGUUCCGAACUACCAAGAGCCGGCGAUCCGCCUCCUGAACUCUUUGCGGACGUAUCUCGAGUUUCAAAGCAGCAAAGAAUAUCUGCUGAACCCGCCGUCGGGCUACCUCUUUCCCGCCGUCGACCUCGAUGGGGCUUUGAAUAGUAUACAAAAGAAGGUGGAGGCUGGCUUAUAUCAGAGCGAAUAUGACAUGCAGGCGGAGAUAGUUGCAUUGUUGACUUCGGCACGGGAUGGACACCUUGCGUUCCACAUCGACUUGUUUUACUCCUUCACCUUUCUUCGCACUGCCGGGGAUGGCCUGGCUACCAUCUCCUCAGACGGAGUCGAGGAACCACAAGUGUACCUGAUGGGCAAGUGCAGCGUUCCACGGUGA